AUGUCGCGCAAUCUAUCACCAGCAAGCAAGGUGCGCUACCGUAGACAGGUCUCUCUCGACAUCCUACACCACCAUACCGAUGGCGUCAACCUUGUGGCGCUGGCUCUAGAGAACCCGUCCGAGGUAAACGGCGUCAGAUGCAAAGCCCUUCUCGGCCGCUCGCACUUCCUCCUCGACGAGAUGCGCAUGGUGCAAAAGCUGACCAACAAGCGGUUCAAUUCAUUUGAAACCAUUUUGACGUAUGGCAUUCAGCCGAGUAGCCUGACGACACUUACCAUUGACUGCUGGAAGCUUAUUGUAAUCGACUGCCGCCAUGUUGAGGACUCGGCCGACCUUGACCGCCAGUACCGCGCCCAACUGCAGGCCGAGGAGCUGCAGACGCCUGAGGAGCCUGCCAGGGAGGCCGUCCGCUCGCAGUUGGAACGCACCGCACGCAGGAACGCCAAGCUUAUGGUUCCCGCCCUUGAGAAGUUAUCCCCCGAAAAGUAUGCUAUGAUGCUGGAACGCAAGACUCUAUACACCGUCUGGCAAAAGGUCUCGCCAAAGCCGCCCGCCUGGGUCUUCGAUAUCACUGAGUACUGCUACAACUGGGGCUUCGUCUUCUACAGGUCGGCCCAGGUCAUGCAGCUCGUCGGCGACCGCUGGGAUGACGCCCUCGAGCGCCUCGAGGGUUUCGACGAACUCUUCUACCCAGAGAACCCCACCGACCAGCCUAUUUACGCCACUGCCGGUCCCAGCUCCAUCCACAACGCGGGCGAGAACUUUAUACAAUACUGGUCUCCCGUCUGGAUCGGGGACACUGCCUUUGCAGACGGCGAUUUGCGAAAUGCCCGAGAGUGGGCCCGUCUCGAGCCAUAUAUUAUUUUCUCAUUCGCUUACAACUACAGGCACUUCAAGGAAUACCGGAAGUCACUAGACGACACCGAAGGCAUUCUUGACAACACCCUGAUUAUCAUCGACUCAGACUGCGUUCACCCCGAGCUCAUGACGGCCGAGGAAAUCAACGCUCUGCCAACGAUGGUAUUUUGGGUCUGGGCCUGCGACCCUGACUGGAAGCCGCCUGCCGGUCGCGACGCCGACGAGGACGGAUACCAAGGCCGCCUCAGGGUGCCCUUUACGUGCCUGCAGGCGUGGUUCUACGCCGCGAGGCUCAAAGACGUCGACAUGAAGGCCAUGUGGAAGAAGGCACAGGCCCACCCGCAGCAGCUGUGGGUGUGCAACUCACUGCCGCAGCAAGAGUGGAAGCACGAGCCGUAUGUUUGA